CACAACCUAUAAAAAUAUACGAGAAACAUUCGUGACUGUGACAUUCGUGUUAUGAAUUAUCUAUUAUAAUUGACACCUCCAAAGUUUGACAUGAAUUCCCAACACAUAGUUCAUCUUCCUCAUAGACUCAGGACGGCUUUCCGGCUAUUCACAUCUAAAUUUAACGAAAUUGGUAAUAAAAUUAGGAACUAUGAGAUGCCUGAGAGGAUUAAAGGCACCAUUCUCGAACGAUGGGCAAAAUACUGGCAGGGUUUAUAUAUAGAUUACAAGGAUGUUGCAAUUGAUGUAGUCAAAGAUUGCAAAGAGCGUCCUAUACGUGCUGCAGUAUAUACCACAAUUCUAGGAGGCUGCUUUUAUUCUAAUAGACAUAAUCCGAGUGAAACUAUGUUCAGAGAACAAUUAAUAGAAAAUAACACAAAAUUAAUACAAGUAGGAGAACCCAUACGCAAUCCUAUCUCUGUGCAGCAUAUAAAAUGGUUAGAACAAUGUUACAAUGAAGGAAUUGUAAGAAGACUAAAUUUAGGUAUUAUGUCUCUGAUUUGGUUAGAUAAUUAUGACAAGGACUGCUCCUUUUAUAAGGCUGUUUGUCCUUAUCUGAAACCACGAUAUCUAACUUUCUAUGAAAGAAUAAUAGAUGUAGGAUUUUUAGACAAUUGGUGGUUAUUAGAAAGAAAAAUGAAGGACUAUGAUAUAAAUGAGGCAGAGUUCAAUGCUGCUGACGUUUCAAAUAGGGUAAACAUUGUUUCAGCAACAUGAUAAGUUUUAAGUAGAAUUUUUGUAUCAUAUAUGUAAAAAGGUAAUAAAUUAACAAAUUUUAUAAAAAUUUUUGCGAAA